ACUAACUAACUAACUAGAUCUGUGUGUGGCUCAGGGCAGCCGAGGCAGAAAAAAGACAAAAAAGAAAGAAAGAGCCGCUUGUGACGUCAACAAAACAAAACCUGAAAUCCUCCUUUUCCAGCCACGCCCGCCAUGAACUCUUGAGGCGUGCAGAUGGCAGAUAACUAUGACAUGCGACAUGUCUACGCUGUACAGUGUAGGGAUUCUUGCUGACAGGGUCAAAAGAAUAUCCGCGGAUGACCACUUGCGCGUGCAACUGGAAGAUUGAUGAGAGAUGUAACACCCCGCAUCAGCACGCUGCACCACCCCACCACACAACACGCUGCAAAAAGAAAAGAAACCAACACCAACAACAACAACAACAACAACAGGCAAUAAAACCCGAAGAAGACCGACCGGGAAGGGCAGAAAAAAUAGCCGACAAAGCCGUCUCUGUCUGGCCUACACGACCUGUUCGUUCGGGCAAAUCCUUCGGCGAGCGGAUCCAAUUCCUAGCUCUUGCAAGGCUCCGUCAGCGGGGGGAUGUUUCUCACGUUUUUCAGAGAGCUCCGCUGGACUUGUUCUCAACCCUCGACUUCCUUGCUGUAUCGAUGGCCAAUAAUGGCCGAGUUUGCCUCAGCACUAGGGUCUUGGUACAUGUAUACAUGUAUACACAUCACGUCACUUGCAAGUUGCGGGACAUGUGGGAAUACCAAAGAGGGUCGCCUUUGAAAAAGGGUUUAAGGUUGCCGCCAAGUUAAACUUUCAACCUUUUUUUUUUCUUCUGUUUUCCCGCCGAUUCCCCUCUACCAGUGUCGUCUCUGGAGAAGGCAAGAAAACUUUACACCAAAAGAGCCACAUGCAAAAUCAAUUGCUGCGCUUGUUCCCUGAUGAAAGCCAAAAUUGGCCAUCGGACACUAAGACCUGUUUAAAACCCCCGAGCUCCGCUAUUUUACCUUUUCUUUUCUUGCACUCACUCGCAGUAUCGCAGCCCAUCGCACAAAAAGCUGAAGCAGCAUAACAGAUAAAUGCGAUCUCCAUUAAUCCCGGUAUCUCCUGAUGUUUGGAUAUUCCCCACCACCCAUUAUUCAACAGAUUAGCGGUUGAUUUUCGCCGUUAUCAUAUUUUUUUUUUAAUUCCUAUUUUGUUGUUGUUACCUUAUCUUCCUCCACCCUACCUACUUCCCGACUUCAAAAAAAAAAUAAAAAAAUACCACCCCCUCUCGAUCAGUCUAUACCUCCCAUCUAUCCGUAUAGCUGUACUGUGCUUUGCUUAAGGAUUGGCAGUGUGUGGUGCAAAAAGACGCCCCUUACGAAGCUGUUGAUAUCCCGUGCUUUCGCAUUAAGCCACACAUCUGGUUCAACCCUCAUUGUUGUUGUACAGCCACUUCAGAAACAAUCGAGAAAUAGUUUCUUCCUUCGUAGUAAGGAAAGUCAGAAUCUCCAAAGAAACGAAAAAAAACACAAGUGGUGACAUGGAAUCAUCUUGUUCUCUCAUCUGAAUUGAAGUGACUUCUGUGACGCCCGGAAGCGACCAAAACACAAAGCACUCGAUAUCCCACACUGCCCAAUGCGCUACACCCUUCCCAAGGUAUAUUGACUGCAGAAGCCAAAAAAAAAAAAAAAAAAAUAAAAAAUAAAAAAAAAAGGAUCCCUUCCAUCGUUCGAACCGGAACUCGAGCCCAAUGCAACAAUAGUGGCCUUGUUAACGUAUCGUACCCUCCCAAGCGACUGUAUCUACCUACCCAAACCAAAAACAAAACCUCUGUGAAUCCCGUAUAACAGAAAACAGAACCAACGAAAAAAAAAAAGAUAGCAAUAAAUAAUCAGCAACCAUGUCUAAAGAUGAGGAGAAAAUUAACAGUGUGGUGCCGUCUCCGGGCAGUGACCCCAGCGAGACAAGCUCCCUCGAUGAAGAUGCCGUGAAACUCGCGGCCAUGGGCUACACCCAGGACAUGAAGCGCAAGUUCUCGCUGUUCUCCCUGCUCGGCGUGGGCUUCUCGCUGACCAACUCGUGGUUCGGCAUGUCUGCGUCCCUGAUCACUGGCAUUUCGUCGGGCGGGCCGCUGCUGGUCAUGUACGGUAUCCCGUGGAUUGCAUUUAUCUCGAGUUGCGUGGCCAUCACGCUGUCUGAACUCGCGAGCUCUAUGCCCAAUGCUGGAGGCCAGUAUUUCUGGGCGAACGAGCUGGCGUCUCCGAAAUAUGCAAACUUUGCGUCUUAUCUGACCGGUUGGUUUGCGUGGACGGGGAGUAUUUUCACCUCUGCCAGUGUUGCGCUGGCGUUGGCCUCUGCGGGCGUUGGAAUGUGGCAGCUUGGACAUCCUGACUUCGUCAUCGAAUCCUGGCACAUCGUCGUCGCCUACCAAGUCAUUAACGCAUGGUGCUUCCUCUUCAACUGCGUAGGCAAACUCCUCCCCAAGGUCGCAGUGACCACCCUCUAUCUCUCUCUCAUGUCCUUCACGGUGAUCAUCAUCACCGUCCCGUCCAAGGCCCCCACGCACCAGGACGCCAAAUUCGUCUUUGCCACCUUCAUCAACAACACAGGCUGGAAAUCCGACGGCAUCGCCUUCAUCGUCGGCCUCAUCAACCCCAAUUGGGUCUUCGCCUGUCUUGACUCUGCCACCCACCUUGCCGAGGAGGUCGCGAGCCCGGAGCGCUCCAUCCCCAUUGCCAUCUGCGGUACCGUCGCCAUCGGCUUCACCACCGCCUGGUUCUACUGCAUGUCCAUGUUCUUCAGCCUGAGUGACUUCGAGACACUCAUCAGCACGCCGACCGGCGUCCCCAUCCUCGAGCUCUUCCACCAGGCCCUGAACAGCAAAGCCGGCGCCAUCGCCCUGGAAUCCCUGGUCCUCUGCACCGGCUUCGGCUGCCAGAUCGCCUCGCAUACGUGGCAGUCUCGCCUGUGCUGGUCCUUUGCGCGCGACCGCGGCCUCCCGUUCCACAAGCACCUGUCCCAGAUCCACCCCAAGCUCGACGUGCCGCUCGUGGCGCAUGCAUCCAGCUGUUGCAUCGUCGGUGUACUGGGACUGCUGUAUCUCGGCUCCUCCACCGCCUUUAACAGCAUGGUGACUGCAUGCAUUGUCCUGCUGUAUAUCUCGUAUGCCAUUCCCAUUAUCGCGUUGCUCAUCCGCGGCCGGGAUAACAUCAAGCACGGCCCCUUCUGGCUGGGGAAAAUUGGCCUUUGUGCAAACAUUGUAGUUCUUUUGUGGACUGUGUUUACCAUUGUUAUGUAUUCGUUCCCUUCGGUUUAUCCCGUCAGGACUUCCAACAUGAACUACGUUUCCGCCGUCUACUUCGUCGUUGUCGUCAUCAUCGUCGCCGACUGGUACCUGCGUGGUCGACGAGACUACCGUGGCCAGCAUGAGCGCCACGAGGAAGUAGAACAGUUCAUGAACAGGAGAACAAGCGUUGUGCAAUAGAAAAAGAAGGCAAUUAGAUUUACACGCUUAUUUGUUUUUCUUUUUCGCACUUGUCUGUUUGUUAGCUUGCGUGUUAUCUUGCUGGACGGUUUCAAUGGUAGUGGCAUGGGUAGCUACUAUUUGCGAGAGAACUAAAUAUACCCCACCCCCCCCCCCCCC